CAAAAUGUGUUUACACACAUAUUAUUAAUCCAAAAUAAAUUGAAGUUUUUCUUUUUUUGAUAAGAAAGAUUCAAUAAAUAUGGCUCCACAAAAUAAUAACUGGUUAUCUUUUUCUUUAUCUUCAAUGGAAAUGCUAAACUCUACUUCUUCUACUCAUGAAUCUUCUAUGCUUCAAUCUAAUGCCCCUUCUGCUACUGUUGCUCAGGAAUCUCAUCAAUACUAUUUUGCUGAUAACUUCUUUCCUCAUGGAUGGACGAAUGUCCCUAGAACACAUGAAUUAAUGUAUUCAGGAAAUGAAAAACAAAUUUAUCAUCAAGGUUUAUUUGUAGAUUCGCAAAUAAUUCAGCAACACCAGCACCACCAACACCACCACCAACCGCCGCCGAAGCUCGAAGAUUUUUUCGGCGGAGAGACGGAGACUCAGGACUCGUCGUCGUUAACUCACAUCUACGACCACCACCACGGCAGGGGCGUCGCCGCCGGUAACGGCGGUGGUGGGUACUUCAACGACGGCCGGGAAGAUCUAAAUAAUAAUAAUUAUUCGGUGGCGGUUGGUGGUUUUCAAACAUUGCCGACGAACUCGGGAUCGGAAGUUGAUGACUCACAGGUUAUGGGGAGUGAGUUUGCUACUGAGUCAAGUAACGAGUUGGGUUACUCACAGUGUCCUCCUAUAAUUACUUUGGGUGUUGCAACAAAUUCAGAAAAAGCUAUAGUUACCGCGGUUAAUUCUGAGAGUUGUAAGAAAAUUACUGAUACUUUUGGUCAAAGAACUUCCAUUUACAGAGGGGUAACAAGGCAUAGAUGGACAGGAAGAUAUGAAGCACAUCUAUGGGAUAAUAGUUGUAAAAGAGAGGGCCAAGCAAGAAAAGGACGUCAAGUGUACUUAGGUGGAUAUGACAAGGAGGACAAAGCGGCAAGAUCUUAUGACUUAGCAGCUCUAAAGUAUUGGGGUACAACAGCCACAACCAAUUUCCCUGCUUCCGAUUAUACCAAAGAAAUAGAGGAAAUGAAGCACAUGACAAAGCAAGAAUUCAUCGCCUCCCUAAGAAGGAAAAGUAGUGGUUUCUCGAGAGGAGCUUCUAUGUAUCGUGGUGUGACAAGGCAUCAUCAACAAGGCCGAUGGCAAGCAAGAAUCGGUCGUGUUGCAGGGAACAAGGAUCUGUACUUGGGAACAUUCGCUACAGAGGAGGAAGCAGCAGAAGCAUAUGACAUAGCAGCAAUAAAGUUCAGGGGAUUGAAUGCAGUUACAAAUUUCGAGAUGAACCGGUACGACGUCGAGGCCAUCAUGAAAAGUUCACUUCCGAUAGGCGGAGCAGCGAAGCGUUUAAAGAUCUCCCUUGAAUCCGAGCAGAAACAGUCGUUGAACGAUAACUACCAGCUGACUCCACACAACAGUGUCAACAGCAGCAAUAAUAACAUCAAUUUUGGGGCAAUUUCCCCUGUUUCAGCCAACCCCUGUGGACUGCCAUUCGACGCGAACCAACCUUAUUACCACCACAGCUUCUUCCCACACCUCCAGUACUCAAACAACGACGGUGGUGCUUCUGAUCAUACUUCUGGUACAAUGCCAUUGCUUCCAUCACCCGCGGAGAUCUUCAUCUGGCCUCAUCAGUCCUAUUAGAUUAACGUGUUUAGCGUACGUUGCCAAAAUUCGUUUAGGCUAAUUAAAAUUAACUUUCUGACUUUGCAAAAAGUGUUAGCAUUGGCUGUUAAAUUAACAAAUAUGUAGAAGGUGAAAAUAUUGUAAAGUAUCUUUUCUUCAACAGUUGCAGUAGUAGAUGCAUGUUGAUUAGGUACUUAGGCUGGGUUGGGGGAUUAUUACUUUACUCUUGUGGGAAAAUUUUGUUUUUCUUGCUUCCUUCAUAUUAUAGAGUUGCUACUAGUACAACAUUAUUUUGUUCAAUUUUUUUGUGGCAUUAAAUUGACAACAAAAGAAUGAUAUAUACCA